UCUUGUGGCCACCGGCAGCGUCGACAGAGUUUAACAAGGUAAUGUUUUUCUCGUAGGCAGCAGCAGUAUGGGGGAUAACAAGCCUGUGGAUCUCACCGCCGUUUUCUAGCUCUGUCAUUCCUGGACUCAUGAACUAAAUAACAUCUGUGCCGUUUUUGGAAAAUAACCACCUCAAAAAGUGUGAUAUUGGCGAGGAAAAGACCAGCGUUUCCGUCCGCGCUGCUUUGUUUAUCUUCAUGGAGUCGUCGGACCGGAGUUUGUCUGAGAUCUCUGCGCUGUCCGUGGAUUAACUCGGGACUCGCCUCUUCUGUGGAGAGCCGUGAUAUAUCUAUCCCAACUACCAGCGUGGAUUGUGUCGCACACGGACAGUUUGGGAGCUAAUUAUUCUCACUUUAGGGGAAAUAAAGUGGAAAUUGUAUCAAGUCAAUGAAUGCGGGACCAACGGACACUUGUUGAAACAGUUUCAGCGUCGCUGUUUUGUCGCAGCAUUUUAGCCGAAGAGGUUAAAAACUUGAGGUUUUUUUUUUUUUUUUUUAGCAAAGGAAGACAACAAAAGGAUACGUUGUUAAAAAUUACAGACAUGGUCCGGUCAGCAGCUUAGCUAAAGGGGUUAGCUGCCGCUGUUCGUUCAGUUGUGUUGUGUUAGCAACAUGCUAACGUUAUCCUAACAUUCAAACAAGUAGUUUGUUCAAAUGCGCUAAUAUGAAGUUAAAUACGCAGAUAAGUUGCCGUGUUUGUUAUCAAUUUAUUCUCGAAACCAAGUGUGAAUAAUUUCCAAACAUUAAAACAGCAGCAGAGUUUUAAUUUAUUCCGUUACAAGUAAUCGGGAGAUAACUUUUAUGACAGCUUAACGUUAGCUUAGCCGCGUUAGCACGACCAGGCGAACGGAGUCAGUUUGCGGCAACUUGGUACUGCCGCUCAUGUGCGGAGUGUUUCUAGGGACACUAAUGGGUCUGCAGCUGCGGUCUCAGAGAGGUUUUGGAAGAUAAAACAGCCGCCCCCCUCAUCUCCACAACGGUCUUCCACUUUUCUAUCCCCCGUUAAAGUUUUUAAACUGCGGCCCGCACAAUGUCCGGCUCCGCGGGCACAGGUGGCUCCAACCCCAGGAAGUUCAGCGAGAAGAUCGCGCUGCACAACCAGAAGCAAGCAGAGGAGACGCGGGCCUUUGAGCAGCUGAUGACCGACCUCACCGUAUCCAGGGUGCAGUUCCAGAAGGUCCAGCAGCUCCGUCUGUCCCAGUCCCGGGCGCAGUACUACGGUGGCUCUCUGCCCAACGUCAAUCAGAUCGGCAACACCAACGCAGAUUUUCAGGGAGGCUUCCCCUCAGGGCUGGACUCGGUCCGGGGGACCCGCCACCACGGGCUGGUGGAGCGGGUCCACAGGGACCGCAACCGCAUCAACUCGCCGCACCGCCGACCCAUCGACAAGCACGGCCGGCAGAUGGAGAGCUCACCAUAUGGAGCCGUGUACCUGUCGCCGCCGCCAGACAACAGCUGGAGAAGGGAACAGCAGCCAUGGACUGAGGAAAAACGGCCGGGGUUUAGAUUAAUAUCACAGCUCAACAGAACCAACUCGGACUCUGCUCUGCAUACGAGCGCUAUGAACCCAAACCCUCAGGACCCCUUCGGCAUGAACCAGCAGAUGGGCCGAGGUCCUCCGCAGCGCAAUGGCUGGCAUGCAGCUAGUGUCAACGAGGCCGACGUAGACGGCAGCGGAGACGUUUUUUCCUUUCCUGCUCUGCCGAACGAGGAGAAUCUGAUGGGCGUUGGGAAACCUUUCCCCAAGCAGCUGUGGGAGGCCAAGAAGGUCCAGUCUCUGGCAUCAAGACCGAAAUCAUGUGAAGUGCCUGGAAUCAAUAUUUUCCCGUCUCCGGAGCAGAACCCGGGACUGUCCCACUACCAGGGCUCGCUGAGUACCGGUGGCUCUCUGCCGGACCUCAGCAACCUGCAGUUCCCCUCGCCGCUGUCCACCCCGCUGGACCCUGACGACGGCAGUGGCUACCCCAACCUGAGCGGAGGCAGCAGCACCGGAAACCUGCCGGCCGCCAUGAUGCACCUCGGCAUCGGGAACUCACAGGGUCUGUCCUCCUCGUUGAGUAACCCGUCCAUCCAGGCGUCCCUCAACAACUGCCAGCUGCAGUCGUCGCUCAGCAACCCGUCCAUCAACUCGUCCGUGCGUCUGCCCAGCAGCUCGCCCCGCCGGCGGCCGGCUCCCAUCAGCCCCCUCACCUUGUCUCCUGGAGCCGAGCAGCGCAGGGGUCUGUCCAAGCAGCUGUCUCCCACCAUGUCCCCCUCGCUGUCCCCCAUCACACAGGGCGUCGCCUUGGAUACCAGCAACAUGCCGAGGGAACCGCCUCCGCCGUACCCGCUGUACCAGCAGCCACAGCAUGCAGUGGAUCAUGGCCGGCCGCACCAGCAGCACCAACAGCAGCAGCCGCACCAGCAGCCACAGCACCAACACCAGCAGCAGCACCAACACCAGCAGCAGCACCAACACCAACAGCAGCACCAACAGCAUCAGCAGCACCAACAGCAUCAGCAGCACCAACAGCAGCAGCAGCCUGUCUCCCCUCUUCAGAACAUCCCUCUGGACUUCAAUACAAGCCAGGCAAACAGCUUGGCGUCGCUCUUCAGCGACCCGUUUGUGGAGCAGCAGUUCUCGACCCGGCAGAACAAGACGCUGCCCUAUCAGUUGGACCAGUUCAGCCUGCUGGAAAAUGCUCUGAGCUCCUCAGCAGGGGGCUCCUGCUACGACCCGUCGUCGUCCUCUUCGCUCUACUACUCUCAGGCGGCGCUGUCCGGCCUGGGGGGUAGCCAUGGCAACCUGCAGGACCCCUCCCACAUGAGGGCCAACAUGCUGUACGGUAACUGCAGCGGAGGGCUGCCCAACAUCAUUCUCACAGAUGACUCCAACCCGAGUCUGUCCAAGGACAUCAGCAACGCCCUCUCCACCGUUCCCGAGUGCUUCGACUCGGAGGGAGGCUUCCCGCUGGAGGACGAGCUGCGCAUCGAGCCGCUCAGCCUGGACGGACUGAGCAUGCUCAGCGACCCCGACAUGGUGCUGCCCGACCCGUCUGUGGAGGACACGUUCCGCAGCGACAGACUCUGAGCGCAGAGCGUGUGAGCCAACGGUUCCCUCUGCUGCAGGUCUGUCCUCUUGUUCCAAACCAUCCAGUUUAAAAUCUGAUCUGGGUUCUGGUUCAGCCCCUCCAACCAAAAAAAACAAAGAAAAAAAACAAAACGAGAUCCAGGAGCGCCGGAGUCCCUCCUGCGUUUCCCCCCCCCCCUCAGCGCCAGAUACCCUGAAGCCAUGGAAACACCAUAACCAUGGUUACACACCAUAGCAACCCCAUCGCCGUGCAGAAGAGCAGCAGAAAUCCAACACAUAAUUUACGUUUUCUGUUGUGGCUCUAAUAAAAAAAAGGAGCUGGAUUCCAGGCGGCGCCGGCAGCUGGAGCGGAAAACCCGGUUCUGGUGGAAAUGAAGAAGAAAAAAAA